AUGCAACUGACUCGCUGCUGCUUCGUGUUCCUAGUGCAGGGCAGCCUCUAUCUGGUCAUCUGUGGCCAGGAAGAUGGUCCUCCUGGCUCAGAGGACUCUGAGCAUGAUGAUCAUGAGAGCCAGCCCCGGCCCCGGAUGCCUCGGAAACGGGGCCACAUCUCACCUAAGUCCCGCCCCAUGACCAACUCGACUCUCCUAGGGCUGCUGGCUCCACCUGGAGAGGCAUGGGGGGUCCUAGGGCAGCCCCCCAACCGCCCGAACCACAGCCCCCCACCUUCAGCCAAGGUGAAGAAAAUCUUUGGCUGGGGUGACUUCUACUCCAACAUCAAGACGGUUGCCCUGAACUUGCUUGUCACAGGGAAGAUUGUGGACCAUGGGAAUGGGACCUUUAGUGUCCACUUCCGGCACAAUGCCACGGGUCAGGGCAACAUCUCCAUCAGCCUCGUGCCCCCCAGUAAAGCCGUAGAGUUCCACCAGGAGCAGCAGAUCUUCAUUGAAGCCAAGGCCUCCAAAAUCUUCAACUGCCGAAUGGAGUGGGAGAAGGUGGAACGGGGCCGCCGGACCUCCCUCUGCACCCACGACCCAGCCAAGACCUGCUCCCGAGACCAUGCUCAGAGUUCGGCCACCUGGAGCUGCUCCCAGCCCUUCAAAGUCGUCUGCGUCUACAUCGCCUUCUACAGCACAGACUACAGGCUGGUCCAGAAGGUGUGCCCAGAUUACAACUACCACAGUGAUACUCCCUACUACCCCUCUGGCUGACCCUGGGCGGGCCACAGAGGCCAGGCCAGGUCUGGAAGGACAGGCCUGCCCACACAGGAGGCCAUCUGUCUGGACGCUGGGCAGAGAAGGGGAGGGGCCUCAGGCAGGGAGUGGGGUGGAGAGAAGGAGAUGCCAAGUGGAGCCAGGACCAAGUCUCACAUGUUGGGGAAGGUGUCCCAAGCGGUGGCCCCAUCCUGAGGUUGUGGAGCGAGCAACUAGGACACAGGUGCACUGGAAGGGGAGUGGUUCUCCACACAGCCUCACAGGGAGUCACCACUGAGCGACAAGCUGCUGCUGUGUCCAGGAGGCCCCUGGGGCUAGCAGACCAAUGUGGCCUCAAUAAAGUCAUGGAGAGGAGCCUAAAAUCUUAGCUCCCUCCCUGCCAUCCUGAGACAGGACAGCAACAAGGAGAGGGGUGUUUCGUCAGCGUGGACACCGAGCAGUGGUGA